GAGGCUGGGCGUUGAGCGUGUGCAGGGAGCCCCAGGUUGGAGCGCAGACGGCUCCGCCUGUCAGCGUGGGGAGGGCGGCGUUAGUUAGUUAGUUACUGCCCUCGAUGUGCCGGCUGCCCUUUGACGCAGGACUGCUGCUGGAACCUGAAAUUAAAUAAUGAAUUGGCGAGAUCACGUGAAGCGUCGCUCUGAAAAUCCAAUGUGCUGGCGAGACUAGAUCGCCUCUCAAACUCCCCAGCCCAGCGGCCCCCGAGAUCGCUCUCAGAGAGGGAGACCGUUGCUGAAACAAGCCCCGUGGUGAACGAUUCGGGGAGAGGUUUUGGUGGAUUCCAUACCAAGCAGGCAUUUGGUUCUCUGAAGAAGUUGCAGUGCGGAGAAACAGGCAGGAGACCAAGGUAUUGAAACGCCCCAAACUGCAGAGAUUGUGGAGAACACAGUCACAGAUUCGAGGAGUUUCUGUCGGCCGUCAUUCACGGACCCAGCACUAUGUUCCGCGUGUCCUGGCCCACCACCCUGUGAGCGGCUGGAUGGUCUCUCCUUAACACUCUAUUCUCCACAAGACCCCUCCGUCCCACUGUGACCUAUAAGUAGCGGCUGCAGCCUCCCCCCCCCCUCCCCUCUUGUUGCGAUGAGUGGCUUCCUCUCGUACCUGGACCCCCGGCGGGUGCACUGGGGCGCCACAUGGGUGGCGUUGCAUUCCCGCAUCCUCCGCACCAAGCCGGUGGAAUCCAUGCUGGAAGACUCCACCCAGCACGGAGCGGGCCACUCCAGGCUGGCCCAGGUGCUCACCACCGUGGACCUGGUUUCUCUGGGCGUGGGCAGCUGUGUGGGCACUGGCAUGUACGUCGUCUCGGGCCUGGUGGCCAAGGAGAUGGCAGGACCUGGAGUCAUUGUCUCCUUUAUCAUCGCGGCAGUGGCCUCCAUCUUAUCAGGUGUGUGCUAUGCUGAGUUUGGAGUGCGGGUGCCCAAGACCACCGGAUCAGCCUACACCUACAGCUAUGUGACAGUGGGGGAGUUUGUGGCCUUUUUCAUCGGUUGGAACCUGAUUCUGGAGUACCUCAUCGGCACGGCGGCUGGAGCCAGCGCUCUGAGCAGCAUGUUUGACUCACUGGCCAACCACACCAUCAGUCAUUGGAUAGUGGAUGACGUGGGCACGUUGAACGGGCUGGGGAAAGGAGAGGAGUCCUAUCCUGACAUCCUGGCCAUGUUCAUCGCGGUCAUCGUGACCGCCAUCGUUUCGCUGGGAGUGAAGAAUUCUGUGGGCUUCAACAAUGUGCUGAACAUCAUCAACCUGGCGGCCUGGGUCUUCAUCAUGUUCUCCGGCCUUUUCUUCGUCGACAGCGCCAACUGGGAUGGAGGCAGGUUCCUGCCGUUUGGGUGGUCGGGGGUACUGCAGGGAGCGGCCACGUGCUUCUACGCAUUCAUCGGGUUCGAUAUCAUCGCCACGACUGGAGAGGAAGCAAAGAAUCCGAAUACUUCCAUCCCUUAUGCCAUCACUGCCUCCCUCGUGAUCUGCCUGACUGCAUAUGUGUCGGUCAGUGUGAUCCUGACACUGAUGGUACCUUACUACGCCAUCGACACUGAAUCGCCGCUGAUGGAGAUGUUUGUGCUUCAUGGGUUUCACGCGGCCAAGUACAUCGUGGCUAUCGGAUCAGUGGCGGGCUUGACGGUCAGUCUGCUGGGUUCCCUCUUCCCGAUGCCCAGGAUAAUUUACGCAAUGGCUGACGACGGUCUACUAUUCAGGUUUUUAGCUCACGUCAGUGCCUACACGGAGACGCCGGUUGUGGCCUGCAUCGUUUCGGGCUUCCUGGCAGGGCUGCUGUCCUUGCUGGUCAGCCUGCGAGACCUGAUUGAGAUGAUGUCCAUCGGGACGCUGCUGGCCUACACCCUGGUGUCGGUGUGCGUCCUGCUACUGCGCUACCAGCCCGAGAGCGACAUCGACGGCUUCGUCAAGUUCCUGUCGGAGGAAGGCACCAAGAAGAAGGAGGGAGUUCUGGCCGAGUGCGAGAAGGAGGCCGCCUCUCCGGUCAGCGAGGGCGAGGACUACUCCGACCCGGACAAGAACACGUGCGGGGCCAAGAACCUGCCCUCCCUGGGGGACAACGAGAUGCUGAUCGGAAAAGCAGACAAGUCAAGUUACGGCGUGAGCCACCCCAACUACGGCACGGUGGACAUGAGUUCGGGGAUUGAGGCAGACAGUUCGGAGAACAUCUAUUUAAUAAAGCUGAAGAAGCUGAUCGGACCUCGCUACUAUACCAUGAGGAUCCGCCUGGGGCUGCCGGGCAAGAUGGACCGUCCCACCAUCGUCACUGGCCGCACCGUCACCACCUGCGUGCUGCUGCUCUUCGUCCUCUCCUUUGUCUUCUCCUCCUUCGUGAUCUUCGGCGAGGAGUACAUCUACGAGCAGUGCUGGUGGGCCAUCCUCCUGGUCAUCCUCAUGGUGCUACUGAUCUGCUCCCUGGUCUUUGUCAUCCUGCAGCAGCCCGAGAACCCCAAGAAGCUGCCGUACAUGGCUCCCUGCGUCCCCUUCGUGCCCGUCUUUGCCAUGUUGGUCAAUAUGUAUCUCAUGCUGAAGCUCUCCAGCAUCACAUGGAUCCGCUUCGCUGUCUGGUGCUUUGUGGGUUUACUGAUUUAUUUUGGCUACGGGAUCUGGAACAGCAGCCUGGAGAUUGGGGCUCAACAGGAAGCUCUGAGUCAGAGUACGUACCAGCGUUACGACGUGGAUGACAGUCUUGCUUGCCCGGAGGAGGAGGGCAGCGAGUGGAAGGAGGAAUGGCCACCCUCCGAUCAGACGGGCUACCAAUCUCAGCAGGCAAUGCCCGACAUAGUGGGCAACCACAGGACCUACAACAGUAAAGCCAAAAGCAAAGGGAAGUAUGUCAAGACCUCAGAAACACUGAUUGCAAAUGAUGAGCUUGAUUAUCCCCCCGAGUAGCAGAUCCUGACCCCUCAGACCCUUGGACUAGUAUCAUGGAUGUGAUCUCUCCUUUAAUAAACAUCUUGCAGUGGUGUGGCUUUAAAAAGGCAAUAUGCAGUUUAUUUUAGGCUUCACAAUGUUGACUUAUUAAAGGGGCCCCGUUUUCAACAAUAAAUGUUUGGCAAACAUUUAAACUAAUCAGAAGUAAAGACAUUUUGGGCGGCACAGUGGCGCAGCGGGUAGAGCUGCUGCCUCACAGUGGCGGUGACCUGAGGUUGAUCCUGACCUCAGGUGGAGUUUGCACAUUCUCACUGCGACCGCGUGGGUUUCCUCCGGGU